ACAUGGCUGUCUGCCACUAGAUGGCAGCAAUUACUCGGUUAAAAUCUGAGUUACAUCUCCAGUGUUUUUAAAAGUGGAAACGUUGUUGUCACUGACUUACCGGCAAUGAUUGGUUUGUGUUAUAAGGAAGUUAUCAAGGAACAAACUGCAGGCUGUGAAACCAGCUCAGUUUGGUGUUGGGCUGGACCUGAAGUGCAGCACGGUGAUGAAUCUGUUCCAAGUUCUACUGGUUAUUUGUCUUGUAAAAUGCAGUCUUGAAACUGCAGGGAAACACUUGCUUCGCUUUUUGACCUUCUGUCAAAGAGACGUGCUGGGCGACGGCCAGUAUGAUAUUGAAUAUGACGGCGAUCAGCUCCUCUACGUUGACCCCGUCACCUAUCAGGUAGUCGAGCGUCUGCCGGAGUUUGCACAGCAGUGGACGCCUGAUCCUGGACUGGCUCGGGACACGUACUUGUCCGUGGGUACCUGCCACUACAACAUCCCACGGUACACAAAGGCAGAAAGUGAUCCUCCAGUGCUAGCCAGUCCCACCUCGAUGAUCUACCCCAAGCAGGAGGUAGAACUUGCCGUCCCCAACACCCUCAUCUGCUUUGUCAACAACUUCCAUCCGCCUGACAUCCAAAUCACCUGGACCAAGAACGGGCAGCUGGUGGAGGAGACGGAGGUCAGUCAGACUCAGUACUACUCCAACAGCGACUUCAGCUUCCGCAUCUCGUCCUACCUGGACUUCACUCCGCAGCAGGGCGACAUCUACUCCUGCAGCGUGGACCACAUCAGCCUGAGGAUGCCGCUCAACAAGUUCUGGGAAGUUGAAGCGCACCCAGAUGGGCAGGUUGUGGAGACGGCAGUGUGUGUUUGUGGUGUGAUCGUGGGGCUGAUCGGACUCGUCACAGGACUCUGGUUGAUCAGGAAAGCCAACAAGCUAUGUCAGACGUAGCAAACAUCACGACAAACACCUGAAUUUCGAUGUCAGACGUGUGAUUGUUGUCAUCUUUUUUCCUUUGUGAUUUGUGAGAUGAUGUGAGAUUUCUUUCUCUCCCCAUCACAGUUUUAUUGUUUUCACACCUGCAGUGUUUUCUGUGGCCUGUGCCUGUUUUUCCCCCAUCUGUGCAACAGAACUGAACCUAAACCUGAGCUAUAAAUAAUACCAGUAAAAACAAUAGUUUGGCUUAGCAUAAAGAGCAGAAACUGGAGAGAGCGAGAGCUGAGAUUAUCAACUGAUGACGCAGAUAGCCAUCAUUCGUUUUACACUAGCAUGUAUUUAUUUUUCUAUUAAUAUAUAUAAAAGAAUGCAGAGGCUUUACUCACGUUUUGCAGUAGCACACCUACAGAUUUUUAACUUAUUGUGUUUGUCACAUACAAAUAAAGCAAAUAAAGGGAAGCUGAAAGUGUC